AUGUUUCAAGAGGAUCUCAACCAACGUACGGAAACUUUACCCAAGGAACAAAAUUCUCAGUGUCGAUCAAUGAAUCCUUCUACGGAAUAUGGCCGCUACGUGUGGAAGAUUUUCGAAGACCCACCGUGUUUGACGGUCGACGCCAAUGUGGCAUCGCGCGCAUUAGUGUACGCGCUUGACUCCAUUGACCCCCAGUUACCCAUCCUUCUUCCGUGGAAACUUACGAUUGAAGGAUUGCAGCAUGCGGCUAUUGAUUUUCUCAUUCGUUUGCUCAUGCUGUUGGCAAUGCGAUUUAGUUCCGACCAGCCGAUCGGGUGCAUCAGUUGGUCUAUCAUAUAA